UUCCCAUUUUUUCUCCAGCAGGACGGAGGCUGAAAACAUUAGAAAUGCUUUCCGCUAGUUUAAGAGACUGCAAGGCAUGGCAGUCUGAGGGUCUUCCUCUUUCCACUACCAGCAAUGAAGCCUGUAAAUUCUAUGAUGCCACACUUUCACAGUAUGUGGGAUGGCGCAAUGACCAGACUCUCGGAGGAAUAGAAGGAUGCCUUUCAAAGAUACAUGCAGCUGACCCAAACUUUGUGAUGGGUCAUGUGAUUGGAACCGGCCUGGAGCUGAUUGGCACUGGACGGUCAGUCCUGCUGGAUGAAAAACUGGCGAGUGCUGUCAGGAAGAUGGUGGAGCUUUCAAAGUCCCAGCCCCUCACAGAAAGGGAACGGCUUCAUGUGUCUGCAGUGGAAAUGUUUUCAAAAGGCUCUUUCCCUAAAGCCUGUCUCUUCUGGGAGGAGAUACUUAUGGAUCAUCCUACGGAUAUGCUGGCGCUCAAGUUUGGCCACGACACCUACUUCUACAUGGGCCACCAGGCUCAGAUGAGAGACUCUGUGGCCCGAGUUCUUCCACAUUGGAAGCCUCACAUGCCGCACUACAGCUAUCUAAAAGGCAUUUAUUCUUUUGGACUGAUGGAAACAAAACGUUACGACGAGGCAGAAAAGGUUGCAAAAGAGGGCCUGGCUCUGAAUCCGGGGGACGGCUGGGCUGUGCACACUGUUGCCCACGUCCAUGAGAUGAAAGCUGAGGUGCAGAAAGGGCUGAAGUUCAUGGAGCAACGAGAGAACUACUGGAAGGAAUGUGAUAUGCUUGCUUGUCAUAAUUACUGGCACUGGGCCUUGUAUUUCAUUGAAAAGGGAGAAUAUGAAGAUGCUCUGACAAUAUAUGAUAACCAUAUUGCUCGGCGAUGCUUGUCUUCGGGAGCAAUGCUUGAUACAGUGGACUCAUGUUCAAUGCUUUACAGGCUCCAAAUGGAGGGUGUGAUGGUGGGAGACAGGUGGAAGGAACUUCUGAACAUCACCAGGCCUCAUAGCGAGGAUCACGUGCUGCAGUUCAAUGACCUCCACUUCCUCAUGACGUCUCUGGGAGCUAAAGACGAGUCGACAACUCGUCGUCUGGUGGAAUCCUUACGGGAACUUGCAAAAUCUCCUGGAGAAAACUACCAGCACCAGAUGGCUCAGGACAUGGGUCUGCCCAUGUGUGAGGCUCUCGUUGAGUUUGACAAAGGAAACUAUAGCCGAGCAGUGGAGCUAUUGCUUCCUAUUCGAUACUCCUUUGACAAGAUAGGAGGAAGUGAUGCGCAGCGAGAUGUCUUCUGUCAACUGCUAAUUCAUGCAGCAAUGAAAUCAGAGAAUAAAAGGCAUCAGAAACUCGCCAGGUGCCUGCUCAUGGAACGAGAUGCUUCAAGGCCUAACUCCCCUCUAACAGACAGACUGAUUAAGAAAGCCAUGACUGUGCAUAAUUUAGAUUAACUUGACUGAAAAGGCUACUUAAUGUUUUGUAACUGUAAGACCAAUUAUAUCAAAUCCAGCGACCCUGUCAGCAGGUUAAAAGUUCAUACUACAUCAGUAGUAUAGUGUCGCUAAUCAUGCUGAAUACUUUAAACUGUACAGGAUAAUUUCCCAGUAUUAAAUUUGUUUAACCAGCUUUUCAAUUUAUUUUUUUACCUAACCAUCCUUUAUACCAAAUCAUUAAAUUGUGAUGUUUUAUUCAUAAUAAAAAUGCUAAAUAACAUGUUUGAAUAGAAGUGUUUUAGCAUUGAGUGUAUCAUACCACUGAAUAACUGCACAAGAAUGUUUAAGUGACAAGCAGAAGGCUAAAAAUUCUCCUCGGGGACUUAUAGCACAGAUUUGGCAGCAAAUGUCCUGUCAAUCAAAGAAAGAAACAGCACUUUCUUUUCAGGAAUAUCUGUUCUCAGAAAAAGAGGAAAAAAUAUCAGUGAACUUUAAAAAUAUGUAUAAAGUUAAUACAUUUCUGUACAAUAUAACAAACCACCAGAGAUGGUAAUUGGUUUAUAAUAUGUGGUAGCAACAACAGUGCACAAGCAAACAUUAGAGCAUUACAAUAGACAAUAUUAAUCAACAUAAACCAAGAAUAGGUAUGACUAAGAUGCAAAUCACAUAGAAAUAAUGUAACAGCACUUCAGAGCAGGUGAAUUGCUAAUUCCUAAUGUGCACAUUCAAUGCAACAUCUUUUGGUAUUUAAUUUAGCUGAACAUUUAAAGAGAAAUAACUUAGCAGUAACUGUCCCAGUGAUAAAAAUGUCCAGUUUAGUAACAUGUUGUUCCCUUAUGGAGCCAUCACUGAUUGUGCUUACAAAACGUAACCGAUCUCGUCCUGAAUUUGGGAUAUUAGGAUCUGUGAGAGAACAAUUCCUGCAAUCUGAAGACAAAAAAAAUCAAGAAACGGACAACAACAUUGCAGGCAGCUAGUAAAUCCAGACUGGAAUGUGCUGACAUUUAAACUGCGCAGUGUGCAUUAAAUUUUAACUUUCUCAUCAGUUUCAUUUGUGCUGCAGGAUGGAUUGCUGUAUGUAGUGUAUUGAACCACUGAAUGGAUGUGUAACUAAUGUGAAAAAAAAUAUAUAGUGCAAAAAUACAAAAAUAAAACACUUGCUUUGGAAUUA